AUGGCGACCCAAGCUGUCCAAGUGUUUGGCAAGAAGAAGAAUGCCACAGCCGUCGCGCGCUGUGUGCAGGGCAAGGGCUUGAUCAGGGUGAACGGCAAGCCGCUCAAGCUGUUCGCUCCUGAGAUCCUCCGUGCGAAGCUCUAUGAGCCCAUCCUCAUUCUCGGCACCGAUAAGUUUGCCGAGGUCGAUAUUCGCGUCAAGGUCGCUGGUGGUGGUCACACUUCCCAGGUUUAUGCGACGCGCCAGGCUAUUGCAAAGGCGAUCGUCGCUUACUACGCCAAGUACAUCGAUGAGCACUCCAAGAACCUUCUCAAGUCCGCCCUCAUUCAGUUCGACCGCAGCCUGCUAGUCGCCGACCCUCGGCGUUGCGAGCCCAAGAAGUUUGGUGGACGUGGUGCUCGUGCGAGGUUCCAGAAGUCCUAUCGUUGA